AUGGGCCGGGCCCGGCGCUUCCAGUGGCCGCUGCUGCUGCUGUGGGCGGCCGCGGCGGGGCCAGGGGCAGGACAGGAAGUACAGACGGAGAAUGUGACAGUGGCUGAGGGCGGGGUGGCCGAGAUAACCUGCCGACUGCACCAGUAUGAUGGAUCCAUAGUUGUCAUUCAGAACCCCGCCCGGCAGACCCUCUUCUUCAAUGGUACCCGUGCCCUGAAGGAUGAGCGUUUCCAGCUUGAGGAGUUCUCCCCGCGCCGGGUACGGAUCCGGCUCUCAGAUGCUCGCCUGGAGGACGAGGGGGGCUACUUCUGCCAGCUCUACACAGAGGACACCCACCACCAGAUUGCCACGCUCACUGUACUGGUGGCCCCGGAGAACCCUAUAGUGGAGGUCCGGGAACAGGCGGUGGAGGGCGGCGAGGUGGAGCUCAGCUGUCUUGUUCCACGGUCCCGCCCGGCUGCUCUCCUGCGCUGGUACCGGGACCGAAAGGAACUGAAAGGAGUGACCAGCGGCCAGGAAAAUGGCAAGGUCUGGAGUGUGGCAAGCACAGUGCGGUUUCGUGUGGACCGCAAGGAUGAUGGCGGUAUCGUCAUCUGUGAGGCGCAGAACCAGGCGCUACCCUCUGGACACAGCAAGCAGACGCAGUACGUGCUGGACGUGCAGUACUCCCCCACGGCCCGGAUCCAUGCCUCCCAAGCUGUGGUGAGGGAGGGAGACACACUGGUGCUGACGUGUGCUGUGACGGGGAACCCCAGGCCUAACCAGAUCCGCUGGAACCGCGGUAAUGAGUCUUUGCCCGAGCGGGCGGAGGCAGUCGGGGAGACGCUUACGUUGCCGGGCCUGGUAUCCGCGGAUAAUGGCACCUACACCUGCGAGGCGUCGAACAAGCACGGCCACGCGAGGGCGCUCUACGUGCUCGUGGUCUACGACCCUGGUGCGGUGGUAGAGGCUCAGACGUCGGUGCCCUACGCCAUUGUGGGCGGCAUCCUGGCGCUACUGGUGUUUCUGAUCAUCUGUGUGCUGGUGGGCAUGGUCUGGUGCUCGGUACGGCAGAAGGGCUCCUAUCUGACCCAUGAGGCCAGUGGCCUAGAUGAGCAGGGAGAAGCGAGAGAAGCCUUUCUCAAUGGCAGCGAUGGACACAAGAGGAAAGAAGAAUUCUUCAUCUGA